CAUUAUUUCUGUCAUUACUGUUUUCGGUAAGAGGAAAUCAAGGCAGUGCAAGUAGUGCAAGUUCACCUUCCGAAUAAAUUGGUGUGUAUGGAAAUUUCUUGGUACAAACAUGGAGUCACGAAAAAAAGCAUGUAUUGCUAUAAUUAUAUCGCUUGCGGCUGAACGGCGUGUGGUUCGACGAUGUUGGAUGAAAAAAUGGUUGGAGAAAAGAGACCAAUAUACACACGUCCGUUUAUUAAGAGAAAUCAGUAUAAGUGAUGAGGAAGACUUCCGGAAUUAUUUUCGAAUGAACAAGGAAACAUACGAAAAAUUGCUCAAAAUGGUACAACCGCACAUUUUUAGGCAGGACACCGUGAUGAGACGUUGUAUUUCUGCUCACGAAAGAUUGGCGGUGACUCUACGGUAUUUGGCGACAGGACGAAAUUUUGAGGACCUCAAAUUCUCUGCGAUAAUAUCCCCAGCUUCAAUCAGCACUGCAAUCGUCGAAACAUGCGAGGUGUUUAUUUACGUUCUACAAGAAUACAUGAAGUUCCCCAAUACGCCUCAAGAAUGGCAGAACUUAUCCAAAGAUUUCGGGAUGUUGCAUGGCUUCUAUAACUGUGUAGGAUCGAUUGAUGGCAAACACAUUGCGAUUCAUAAACCGGAACACUCAGGAGCGUUAUAUUACAAUUACAAAGGGUUCUACAGUAUAGUGUUGUUAGCUGUAGCCAACGCGAGAAAAGAAUUUAUAAUGGUUGAUGCAGGUAUGAACGGCAGAAUUUCUGAUGGGGGAGUAUUUUAUUACUCCAAGUUUGGAGAGCUUCUAAAGGAAAACAAAUUAAAUUUGCCAGAUCCAGCACCGUUACCUGGAACUUCUGAUAAAUUUCCGUUCGUUUUUGUUGCCGACGAGGCUUUUGCUUUGGACGUCAAUGUUAUGAAACCUUAUGCCCUGAAAGCGCUUGACAAAAAUCGUCUAGUAUACAACGAAAAACUGUCAAGAGCCCGCGUUACAAUUGAAAACGCUUUCGGAAUCCUGGCUUCCAGAUUUGGAGUGUUCCAGAAGCCAAUAUAUUUGAGUCCUGAGAAGUCAGCAAUCGUAACAAUGGCAGCCUGUUAUUUGCACAACUUUUUGGCGCAGGAAAAUCCAGAUUAUUUUCAUAUCAAUUGCUGCGAAGAAUCCUGUGACAGAACCAUUCCAAGUGUAAAAAGCACAUUAAGCAGAAAUUCUACAACGAAUGCGAAAGAAAUAAGAGAAAAAUAUUGCAGUUACUUCAAUCACGCAGAUAAUAAAUAAAAAUAUUCUUUUUGUUCUUCAAUUAUAAAUCAAGCGAAUCUUCGCAUAUACACCAAAUGACAUUUCUAGAAAACUUAUUGAAAUGGUCCUAUGUGCAGU